UAUCCUCAGCUUCGUCCAGUUGUGGGAAUUUCUGUCAGUUAACACCCGAUUCAGCCACCAGCCCACACUCAGCAUCUUUGUCCCCACAGCCUAUGGCUAAGUCUCAGAAGGGCAGAGAAGAUGGCACAGAGGGGCUGAGGAAGGCCAAGAGCCGCACGGCGUUCUCCAAGGACCAGCUGCAAACCCUGCACCAGCGGUUCCAGAACCAGAAGUACCUCAGCCCCCAGCAGAUCCGGGAGCUGGCUGCUGCCCUGGGGCUCACCUACAAGCAGGUGAAGACUUGGUUCCAGAACAGGAGGAUGAAGCUGAAAAGGUGCCAGAAGCAUAGCCUGUGGACUGACAGGGCUCAGUGCCUCAUGCAAAGUGGCUUCCAGUCAAGUACUUACCUGGACGUGCACCCCAAAUUCCACCAGAGCUACCCAAUGGGUGCAGCCAGCAACAUCCCAGCCAUGCCUCCCUCCUGCCAGCACUACGGAGCAGGGCAGAACGCUUACACAAUUGUGACCAGUGAGGAUGGAGGAGUCUUUGGCAAAGGUGGGGGCACCUGCAGAGUCCAGCAGACAGUGGGCUUCAUUGCCCAACACAAAGUAGACUUUUACCACGGCUGUCCUGGCAGUGUGGAAUACCCAGGCACAAAGACAGGUGAUGGCUGUGACUUCCACCACUCAGCCACCAUGGGGGCUCCUUUCCCAACCACUUCUAGUCACCAACUCUAUCAUUCCUAAGCACUGUGAAUAUGGGGUACUUGGG